UGUCUGUGUGUGUCUGUGUGUCUGUGUGUGUCUGUGUGUCUGUGUGUGUCUGUGUGUUCUCCCGUGUGUUUGUGUGUUCUCCAGUGUGUGUGUGUCUGUGUGUUCUCACCAACAGGUCUGUGUGUCUGUGUGUUCUCUCGUGUGUCUGUGUGUUCUCGUGUGUCUGUGUGUUCUCGUGUGUGUGUCUGUGUGUGUGUCUGUGUGUUCUCCCGUGUGUGUGCCUGUGUGUGUGUCUGUGUGUUUUACCGUGUGUGUGUGUCUGUGUUCUCCUGUGUGUGUGUUCUCCCGUGUGUGUGUGUCCGUGUGUUCCCUCGUGUGCCGUGCCGGCCUUCAUGCUACUUUGCUCACAGAACUUGCCCCAACAGUCUGUUCAGGCUGUACGCGGGAUCUUUGUCUUUAUCUGCGUUAGUCUGACUGUAUCCUUGCCAUUCUCUCUGCGUGUCUGUGUGGGGAGCGGUCGUGUAGUGGUUAGCGCGCUGCGCCGUGAACCGGGAGAGCCGGUUCUGGGCCUCCCCCUAGGUCGACUCGGCCUCAAAUUAGUACCCGGUGCUGUGUGUAAAACGUCAGCGCCGGGGAGACAAAGGCAGCCGAGCGUGGUACUUCCUUCGCUCUGAAUCCCAGCAAGGCAACGUGGUGCUUAUAUUUACGACGCGGCCUUUCAGCUCGCACACAAAGCAAUACAAUUUAUUGACCACCAAUUGAGAGGUGGGAUUGCAUUCCCCCUCCGAACAUUCCGCACCAGUGCUCGACGCUGAAUUACAACGCCAACCCCCAAAGGGACCAGGAACUGAGAGGGAGCAAGCGUGGCAGCGAGAGGCAUAAGCAAACCGAGAUUAAGCAUAGGGCCCCAAGCAGCUCAAGGGGGUGAGGGCAGGGGGGCGGGCAAUCCAGGCUUCGCUGGAAUUAAAAUCCUAAUAAACAACACGAGAUAGUUAACGUUACACGCCAAUUCAUCUCUGCCCCUCUAGUUGUUGUUGUGUGCGUCUCUCAUCUCGCUGUGUCUCUGUCUCUCUCUGUACCUCGCCUGGCAUCUCAGUCUCUUCUCAAAAUUUCGCUCCACCUGUUUCUCGCCUUCACAUUUCCUUGACUCGCCACACCCCUGCCUCUCGUCGGCGCACGACCGCUUCCCACCGGGGCCUCCCAAAUGGGCCCGCAGCGGCAUUGGGCACCGACGUAGGCCUAGCUCGCCCGCAAAAAGCCUUCCUGGGGCCACGGACUCCCGGCAGUACUCGGCGAGCCGCGACGAAUCGACGCCGGCAAUGGCGGACGGGGGCGGCCGUUGCCGCAUCUGCAGCUUGGAGCUGCGCGGGAGCCAGCGCCGCUGGAUUUUCGGCGGGGAGAGCGCGACGGGCCGUCCAGGCCUCCACGUCAUCCUCUCGCACCUCCUGAGCCAGGAGCUGGCGCGCGGAGAUGGCCGCGGGGAGUUUGCGUGCGGGAAGUGCGCCUUCUCCCUCGAGCGCGUCUACAGGUACGACGGCGUGAUGAACCGCGUGAAGGCGCUGUCUAUCGAGCGCAUGCAGAAGCUGGCGACGGAGCGCGACAAGCUGGCGCAGUGCGUGCUCUUCCAGUACGGCCGCUCGAACCCGGGCCAGGGCCGGCCCGGCGGGGCCCGGCAGCGCUCGCUGGACGCGAGCCGCGUCGCGUACAACGAGCUACUGCAGGACGACGCCGCCUUCUCCGAGUACGAGAGCUGGUCCGAGCGCGGCGGCGGCGGCGACGGCGGCGGCAGCUCCUGCUCCUACUCCUUCGCCUCGACGCCGCUCAAGAGCGCGCCGGGAGGCCGCGGGCCGUCCCGCCACGGCCACGGCCCCGCUUCGGGCCGCUCCACGCCCAGCAGCUGCGGCGCCGACGCCAUGCGCCGGUGCGUCAGCGUGGACUCGCUGCGCGUGCCGGACGCGCGCUACGAGUCCGUGUGCAAGGUCCCGCGCAAGGUGGCGGCCGGCAUGGGCGCCCGGUCGCCCUGGUCCGUGUCGCGCUCCGUCAGCGUCGGGGGCGGCAGCGUCGGCACCUCCUCCGCGGCGAGACGGAGCCGCGGCGCGGGCCCGGGCUCCCUCGGCAGGCGGGGGUGGGGGGCGGUCGGUUCCAUCGGCUCGUCCGUGUCCCUGGGGUCCCUGGCGUCCUUCGGCGCCGUGCCCGCGCUGUCCAUCGCCGAGGAGGAGGAGGAUGGCGACUGCGAGGACGCGGUGGACAGCGUGAGCGUCUUCUCGGCCCGCUCGCCCGUGUCGCCUCCGCCGCCGCCUUCGCCGGCGCUCGCCCGCUCCCUGCAGCUGGUGCGCAGCAUCGGCGUCCGCGGCCUCCGCGCCCCCAAGGGCAGCGGGAUCCCCACGCCGUCGCGGCGAGGGGGCGGCGGCGGCGGCGCCGGCUCGGCCCGGACGCGUAGUGAGCGCAGCGAGCGCAGCACGCCGCGUGGCAGCCCCCGCCGCGAGGAGGCGCCGGUGCUCUCGGAGGGCGACGCCGUCGGAGCGGAGGAGCGCGGCGCUUGCCGUGAGGACGUUGGCCAGCAGCUGGAGCGGAUGACGCGGCAGCGGGAGGAGAGCGGGGCGGCCACGCGGACCGGGGACCUCGAGCGGAGCCUGGCGAGCGCCGUCGCCGUGCCAAGCCUCCGCGAGCGCCUCCUGGAGGACUGCGCGAGGAUGGCGGAGGAGAGAGCGGCGGGCGACGAGGACUCGGGCCACCUCGUCACGCGACUCAAGGACAGGAUGUCGGAAGGACGCUCCGCUCCCGUGACCUCCGAGGCACGCGAUAGUCCGUCGGAUCGUCCUCGCGCGCGCGGGACAGACGGACGGGAUGAGAGGGCUGGGAGGGAGGAGAGGGCUGGGAGGGAGGAGAGGGACGGGAGGGAGGAGAGGGCCGGGAGGGAGGAGAGGGACGGGAGGGAAGAGAAGGAGCUGCUGUGUCUGAGGGAGGCUCUGGAAGAGAAGGACUCGGACAUCCGCCGGCUUUGCAGCGUCCUCUCCAGCAACGAGUCCACCAUCGCGAGCCUGGACACGGUGCUCAAGCAGAAGGACGAGGAGCUGAAGCGAUCGAGCGACGCGUUCCUGGAGAUGAUCGACGGCUUGCGGAGCAGCCACGCGCACGCCGCCCGGCAGAAGGACGCCCUCAUCGCGGAGAUGGAGCAGGCGCUGCGGAGGAAGCUCCGCGACACGGAGGAGCUGCUCAGGAGCAGGUCGAGCGGCGGGGACGAGGCGUUGGCGGAGGCGACGGAGCGCUGCGUGGAGCAGCAGCGGCAGCUGCAGCAGGCCCUCGUCGACAGAACCCGGGAGCUCUCCGAGCACCAGCAGGAGGUGGAGAGGACGCUCCGGCUGGUCGUGGACAAGGAGCGCCUGCUCAAGGAGAAGACGGAAGCCUCCUCGACGGCGGAGGGCGAGCUGAGGGCUGAGAUCGAGCGGCUCAAGCGCAGCGCGGUCCAAUCUCCGCGCGGAGCAGGGGCGGGCGACGCUGUCGGGCGGUGCCCGGAGACACAGAGGCCCCAGAGAGGCCUCACCAAGGAGGCCGGGAUGGAGGCGGUGUCGACACGAAGCUCGUAGCUGAGAACGUGGCGCUGAAGGCCCAGCUCGCCCAGAAGGAGAAGCUCCUCCAGGAGCUCAUGGGAGAGGGCAGCAGGAACGGAGGCCACGGCCGCUACGACUACGACAAUGACGACGCUCACCACCACCUCCUCCUCCUCGACGACGACAUAGACGACGAUGAGGGGGAUGACGGU